UGCAUGCCCCAUUACAUUUUCUUUUCUUUUCUCUCUGACCCCCUCUUUCUCUUUCUUCACUUGCAUAGGUUCCUUUCACUGUAUCUUUUAGUGACAGGCACAACCACAGAUAACAUAUUCAUCAGAGAAAAUGAGUUCAUCCUCAGGUGGCUAUGAUCUCUCUUUCAAGAUCUUGUUGAUUGGAGAUUCUGGUGUGGGAAAAAGCAGCCUACUUGUCAGCUUCAUUUCCAGUUCUGUAGAGGAUCAAUCACCCACCAUUGGUGUUGAUUUUAAGAUCAAAAUGCUCACAGUAGGUGGGAAGAGAUUAAAACUAACAAUUUGGGACACAGCGGGACAGGAAAGGUUCAGGACUCUAACCAGUUCUUACUAUAGAGGAGCGCAAGGAAUCAUUCUUGUUUAUGAUGUCACAAAAAGAGAAACCUUUACAAACUUAUCCGAAGUGUGGUCUAAGGAACUGGAACUCUAUUCAAGUAAUCAAGAUUGCGUGAAGAUGCUAGUUGGAAAUAAAGUUGAUAGAGAUGCUGCUAGGGCUGUGAGCAGAGAAGAGGGUUUAGCCCUUGCCAAAGAACUGGGGUGUUUGCUUAUUGAAUGCAGUGCUAAAACUCGAGAAAAUGUGGAACAAUGCUUUGAAGAACUGGCUCUAAAGAUAAUGGAAGCUCCUAGUCUUCUGGAAGAAGGAUCAACAGCAGUAAAAAGGAAUAUUUUGAAGCAGAAACAAGAACCUCAAGCAUCCCAACAUGGUGGUUGUUGCUCCUAAAAAGGGGCAGUGUGGAGAUUGAGAGCCUGUUUACAUACCUGUUAGAAAGUAUGAUAACAGGAAAAUAACACGUCCCAAGGCAAUUUAAUUUGAAAGUAAAAACUUGCUACUUCAACAAAAAGUGCAUCAGGUCGUGUUAUUUUCCCUUUUUAUAUACUUUCUAACAGGUAUCCAAAUUGACUCUGGGUCUUGACUAGCACAUAUUGAACAAAUCUUGUAUAUGCGAGCUUCUUCCCUAUUUUCUUUUUGCUGCCACUGUCUUUUGGCUGAUCAAUUGCUUGUACUAACAAAGGAGAAACUGGCAAUAAUGAAUGUCUAUUAGCUUGUGUAAAUGUUUGCUUUUGAAUGAUAUAUAAUUUAUGUGUUGGCAGUGUUUC